UGUGAGAGAAGAAGAUGGCGGCCUCUGUGGUGGCGCUGCCUGGUGUGGUGGCCGGUCGGCCCAACAAGCGCAGCGGCAGCGGGCCGGCAGGCGGUGGCAGCGGCGGCGGCGGCGGUGGAGCAGCCAGAGGGGCGGAGGAGGAACAGCCGCCGCCCCUACAAGCAGUUCUGGUGGCCGACAGCUUCAACCGCCGCUUCUUCCCCAUCUCCAAGGACCAGCCUCGGGUCCUCUUGCCCCUGGCCAAUGUGGCGCUAAUUGACUACACUCUGGAAUUUCUGACUGCCACAGGUGUACAGGAAACCUUUGUCUUUUGUUGCUGGAAGGCUGCCCAAAUCAAGGAACAUUUAUUGAAAUCCAAGUGGUGCCGCCCUACAUCCCUCAACGUGGUUCGAAUAAUUACAUCAGAGCUAUAUAGAUCACUGGGGGAUAUUCUCCGUGAUGUUGAUGCUAAGGCCUUGGUGCGCUCUGACUUCCUUCUGGUGUAUGGGGAUGUCAUCUCAAACAUCAAUAUUACCAGAGCCCUGGAAGAACACAGGUUAAGGCGGAAGCUGGAAAAAAAUGUGUCUGUGAUGACGAUGAUCUUCAAGGAGUCAUCCCCCAGCCACCCAACUCGUUGCCAUGAGGACAAUGUGGUAGUGGCUGUGGAUAGUGCCACAAACCGGGUGCUCCAUUUCCAGAAGACCCAAGGCCUCCGACGUUUUUCUUUUCCUCUGAGCUUGUUCCAGGGCAGUGGAGAUGGAGUGGAGAUUCGCUAUGAUUUACUUGAUUGUCAUAUCAGCAUCUGCUCUCCUCAGGUGGCUCAACUCUUUACAGACAACUUCGACUACCAAACUCGAGAUGACUUUGUGCGAGGCCUGUUAGUAAAUGAGGAGAUCUUAGGAAACCAGAUCCACAUGCAUGUGACAACUAAGGAAUAUGGUGCCCGGGUCUCCAACCUACACAUGUAUGCUGCUAUCUGCGCUGAUGUCAUCCGCCGAUGGGUCUACCCUCUCACCCCAGAGGCGAACUUCACUGACAGCACAACCCAAAGCUGCACUCACUCCCGACACAACAUCUACCGAGGGCCUGAGGUCAGCCUGGGUCAUGGCAGCAUACUGGAGGAAAAUGUGCUCCUGGGCUCUGGCACUGUCAUUGGCAGCAAUUGCUCCAUCACCAACAGUGUCAUUGGCCCCGGCUGUCACAUUGGUGAUAAUGUGGUGCUGGACGAGGCCUUCCUAUGGCAGGGCGUCCGAGUGGCUGCUGGAGCACAGAUCCGUCAGUCUGUGCUCUGUGACAAUGCUGAGGUCAAGGAAAAAGUUAUCCUGAAGCCACGCUGUGUCCUCACUUCCCAGGUGGUGGUAGGCCCAGAUAUCACGCUGCCUGAGGGCUCGGUGAUCUCUUUGCACCCUCCCGAUGCAGAAGAUGAUGAGGAUGAUGGUCAGUUCAGUGAUGAUUCUGGGGCUGACCAAGAAAAGGAGAAAGUGAAGCUGAAAGGUUACAAUCCAGCAGAAGUCGGAGUUGCAGGCCAGGGCUACCUCUGGAAAACAGCAGACAUGAACAUGGAGGAAGAGGAGGAACUACGGCAGAAUCUGUGGGGACUCAAAAUCAACAUGGAAGAAGAGAGCGAAACUGAAAGUGAGCGAAGUAUGGAUUCUGAAGAGCUAGAUAGCCGGGCAGGCUCCCCACAGAUGGAUGACAUCAAAGUGUUCCAGAAUGAAGUCCUGGGAACUCUACAGCGGGGCAAGGAGGAGAACAUUUCUUGUGACAAUCUAGUCCUAGAGAUCAACUCUCUCAAGUACGCCUACAACAUAAGCCUGAAGGAGGUGAUGCAGGUGCUGAGCCAUGUGGUCCUGGAGUUCCCCCUGCAACACAUGGAUUCCCCACUUGACCCAAACCGCUACUGUGCCCUGCUGAUUCCCUUGCUCAAGACCUGGAGCCCUGUUUUUAGGAACUACAUAAAGCGUGCAGCUGAUCAUUUGGAAGCAUUGGCAGCCAUUGAGGACUUCUUCCUGGAGCAUGAAGCCCUUAGUACUUCCAUGGCCAAGGUACUGAUGGCUUUCUACCAGCUGGAGAUCCUGGCUGAGGAAACAGUCCUGAGCUGGUUCAGCCAAAGGGAUACAACUGACAAGGGCCGGCAGUUGCGCAAGAACCAGCAGCUGCAGAGGUUCAUCCAGUGGCUAAAAGAGGCAGAAGAGGAGUCAUCUGAAGAUGACUGAAGUCGCACUACCUGCUCCUGUGGGUGUGGUUGAUUGCCCUCCUGGUUUCUGGGCCAGGGCAAGUGAGAGGCUAGUUGCAGAAGGAUGAGUGACCACCAUCUGAGCUGAGACUUAAAGGAGCAGAGGCUGGAGCUACAGUAUUCUUCCCACCGCCAGCAGCCAUGUGCCUCCCAUCCUGACUGGGGAGUUGAGAUGAGGGAAGUUGGGCUGGAUAACAACUCUGCCUAAGGAGGAGCUAGGCAGGCCCUGCAGUUAGAGGAAGGCCAGAGGAACAGCUUUGUGCUCUGGUUUCCCCUCAGGGAACAGCAGAGAGCAGUUGGCCCUCUCUGUUGCUUGUAUUUGUUAAUAUUAAAAAACAGAGAGAGGGGUAUAUUUGGUUUCUCUGCAACUCUGACUGAUCAGCAGUUGAAGUAGGUCAACAAAGAGUUCUCAACCUCUGAUGUGGUAGCCUUUCUUAACACCUGGUGGAGAGGGAGAAGAGGGGUGUUAUGGCCACUAGGUGGGACUGUGGUGCCUCGCUAGUUGACCAUUGCCAUGGCCAUGGUGGUAGAGGGCCUAGAUUCUUUUCCAGACUUUGUGGGCCAAUUUGUGGUCCUGGAGUGGUGUGCCUGAACCUAGUUCUGUAGAGAGUCCUAGUCCAAACACUUUUCUGUCAGAAGGUGAUGAUGCUAACCAUAUGUAAAGUCCAUUAACCACUGCCAGUCUGUCACAUGCUCUGUCCAUUUGAUCCAGUACUACUGUCAAGAGAAGCUGGGCUACUUUUCAUCUUAUAGAUAAGGGAAUUUGCUCAAGGUCUCAUGACUCUUGAGGGGUAAAGCUAAGGACUUGAGCCUCAUAAUCCAGAAUUCUUUUUCCUUCAGCAUAUUCAGUGUCUCAGUGAAGGGAAAUUGCCCCCAGAGGCAAAUACAACCCCAAGCCAGCAAUGGAUAUCCUAAGAACAGAGGAAGAACCUGUGAAAUGGGCUGUCCCCUAAUAUUGAGAGAGUAUCUACUGCAUGACAGACAUUUGUUUUUUAUAUACAUUUAUUUAUUUAUU